ACCAGGGAAACGGCGUAGAGGCAAAGAGACGCAGCAGCUAACGGCUUACAGCUAACAGCUGCUGUUUAAUAUUUAAACAUUUUAAAUCAUUUUCCGGGUCAGACAUUAAUAUCUGAGCCGGGAUCCGGCUCUCUGUGUCGGGCUGAGCCACUAGCAGAGUCCCGCUAACGUUAGCUUAGCACGCUAAUCGACCUCACCGAGCUGGUCCUGAUCUGAUCCGGAUCACAGAGACCCGGACCCGCAGGCUCCGCGGGGCUAACGGCGACUGGACCGGCAUGGAUGUGAGCUUACAGCCGGACUGGGACGGUCUGACCUGACCCGGGUCCGUGAGAAUCCUGUCCAGGGCCGGGGGUCGGCAGCGCGACACGCCGCCCGGCAGGCCCGAAACCCGGGGAGAUGAGAGACAGCGACCCGGGGACCCGCUACCAGGAUGGACGUGUGCAGUAGGAACCCGAACCGCACAGCGCCGGCGGGGGACAGCGGGCCGCACGGCGCUGACGUGCUGCUGUGCUCUCGGACCAACGGAUGGAGCUGGCCGCCGCACCCCUUCCAGCUGCUGGCCUGGCUGCUCUACGCAUACUUCGCUGUCACAGGCUUCGGCGUGUUCGUUCCGCUGCUGCCGUCGCACUGGAUCCCUGCCGGAUACAUUUGCACCGGCGUCAUGUUCGUGUCUCACCUGUGUGUCCAUGUCCUGGCGGUGUCCAUCGACCCUGCCGACUACAACGUCCGGUCCAAGAGCGACAGAGGACCCGUUCCCGUCUUCGACCGUUCCAAGCACGCCCACGUCAUUGAGAACUGCCACUGCUACCUCUGCCAGGUGGACGUGGGUCCCAAGUCGAAGCACUGCUCAUCCUGUAACAAGUGUGUCUCUAACUUCGACCAUCACUGCCGCUGGCUCAACAACUGUGUGGGCAGCAGGAACUACAAGUUGUUCCUCCACAGUGUGAUCUCGGCUCUGCUGGGCGUCUGUCUCGUCCUCGUCAUUGCAUUCUACGUCUUCAUCGAGUUCUUUCUGGAUCCGUCCAAACUGCGCACUGACAAACACUUCAUGGGGAGGAAUGAUACAGGUGUGUGGUUUGUGUUCCUGCCGGUGGCUCCUCUACGAUCAGCUGCUGCAGUGAUUCCUGCUCUGGCUGCCAUCACCAUCUGCCUCGGCCUGCUGUCCUGUAUCCUGCUCACACACCUGCUCUGCUUCCACAUCUACCUGAUGUGGAACAGGCUUAGCACCUUUGAGUACAUCCUGCGGCAGCGUCACCGCCAGGACAAAGACAGGAAACCAGUGGCGCUGAAGGAGACAGAGACACCGUCUGUCCACCUCAUUAAGGACGGGGUCCUGUCAGGGUCUCUGGGGUACACUAACCCUCAGCUGGAGGUGGAGGCGGCGGUGCGAGGGGAGGCAGAGUUCCUGGCUAACGGCAGGGUGAGGAGUGUGUCCAGUCCUGUCAUGGAGGAAGAGGCUCCGCCCACCAUGUCUACAGAGCUGAAGGCAGCAGCACACACACACCGUCGUACACAGAAAAAGAAGAAGAAGGUCCGGAAAUUUCCAGCAGAGGUCACUAGAGAGCACCAGGGAGCCCCGCCCCCUGAGCCCAGCAGUGUGUCCACAGUGUCUCUGGGUCAGAGACUUCCUUUCCCAGCGUUCCCUCUGAGGGCGUCCCUGCCCCCCCUGGCCCUGGGGGUCCCGGCCCCGGGUCCGGUUCAGGCCGCCGCCCCUCCUGCUGAGUACCACUCGGACUCGGCCGAGUCUCUGGAGGAGAUCCCUGUGGCUUUGGCCAAACUGGGGUCCUCGUCCUCCGCAGCUGCCGGAGACGCCUCCAUGUCCUCCCACAGGGCGGUCCCAGCGUUCCCCCUCCCUUCCCCUCAGCCCAGAACUAAGAGAAAGACUGGCUCCCGCGGACCACAGAGCGCCGCCGAUUUGAGGUUCGAGAUGGCGCCCACGCAGCCGCCCGCAGUGUUUGUCAGCCGGGCCAGCAGGGACGCCGGCGAGCCCCGGGAGGACGGCCACAGCCUGGGCCGGAGACACGCCAGGUCCAGGACUGGAUCCAGGUCCGGGUCCAGGCCGGCGUCCCGGGCGUUGCUGGGCGCGGCGUCCUGGAUGGAGCUGUGAGACUUUUCACCUGCACAACAAACUCAUUUUUAUAUCUAAGUUUUAUAUCUCGUCUAUUUAUUGUUUUUAUGUGAACGCCAAAGCUGAGUGCAACAAUCUCCACGAGUAUAGACACAUCACAACGUCCCCGUGGCGUCCCCACAGCUGGUCACCUAGUGCUGACAUCACUUCCUGUCCCAGCAGCAUUAACAGCUACAAACAGUUAGGACGAGGACAGAUCCGUCUGUGCGGCGAGGCGGACGGACGGACGGCAGGGAGCUUGUUCACUAACUUAAUUUACUUUGUGGUCUGAUGGACAGUUAUUUCAUCCAAAGAUGAUCAGCAACAUCUUCAGCGUCUCGUCUCGAGGUCGUGACAUCAUAUUCUCGCCAAACGCUACAGUACAGUAAUGCUAACGCUAAUGCUACUGGCCAGCAGACUCAAAGAAUCAAAAGAGGAUAAUGGUAAUUAAAGUUUAAUCAACCCAGAAAUUAAAGUAAAUUCUUAAAACUAAUGUCAGUAAAACUCUCACUUCAGUUUGUUUGAUUAUAUUUAUAUAUUUAAAAUCUUUCACAGCUUUUACACUUUAAACCACAAUUUCACUUUUCAGCCAAUCACACGCCUGCUAGUUUACUCCUGUUGUUGUUGUUGUUGUUGUUGUUGUUGUUGUUGUUGUUGUUUGUGUAGCGCUGCCACGCUGCAGCUCAGGGUUCAAUCACAUUAAAGAGUUCACUGACACUACUCUCAUGUCUGAGCACAGCAGCUGGUUAGCUUAGCUUAACAUAAAGUUAGCUAUUUUCCUCUGUUUCCAGUCUUUAUGCUAAGCUAACCUAGCUGUUUUCCUCCGUUUCCAGUCUUUAUGCUAAGCUAAGCUAGCUGUUUUUUCUUCUGUUUCCAGUCUUUAUGCUAUGCUAAACUAGCUGUUUUCCUCUGUUUCCAGUCUUUAUGCUAAGCUAAGCUCGCUGUUUUUUCCUCCGUUCCAGUCUUUGUGCUAAGCUAAGCUAGCUGUUUUCCUUUGUUUCCAGUAUUUAUGCUAAGCUAAGCUAGCUGUUUUCCUCUGUUUCCAGUCUUUAUGCUAAACUAAGCUGGCUGUUUCCAGUUUUUAUGCUAAGCUAGCUGUUUCCAGUCUUUAUGAUAAGCUAAGCUAGCUGUUUUCCUCUGUUUCCAGUCUUUAUGCUAAGCUAAGCUAGCUUUUUCCAGUCUUUAUGCUAAGCCAAACUAACAGUUGCUGUACAUGAGAGCCGCCCAGCAGUUUUUGUGGAUGUUUCAACACUUCUGAGAUGCUUGUUGUUUUUUUACACCUUUCAGCUUUUUGACAAUAAAACAAUAA